AUGGAGGCUAUGGGUCGGAUGGUCAUCAGUGCUCUGAGGCCCGAGUACGAAGUCAUCCAUUUCGUCAAGGCCGGCCCUUCGGGCCCUUCGCUGUUGCCAGCUCUCGUGGCGGGUCGCAAGCCUCCACUUCAUGAGGACAGCAGCGCGAUUGGCACCGGCAAUUAUAGCCAGGCACCAUGCGCAAUCGUGCUGGGCGGCGCAUUUGACGAUGCGGCCACAGAAGCCCUGAGAUCUGCCGUGGAGGAGAGGAACGAAAGUGCGAGGCGGGUUCCAUGGUUGAGACACGAUAUGACCAAGAAGGCGCCGCCGCUUGGGACGCCCGAGUAUGCGCAGGCCGUUGUACAAAGGGUCAAAGCCACGCUGACAAAGCUCGAGGCGGAAGGGAAACUCAACGGCGACAACGGAGAUGUCGAGUGGUAUUAG